GACAUUGCGCAUGCGCUGAUCCUGAUUCAGUCAUACCGUGUGUCCCGGGCGCCGCUGGCGGAGUCUCCUCAGGACACAGAUUUGGUUGGAUUGGAGUGAGAGGCCCGGGACAGCCAGCCAGCAUGGCGCAGAUAUUGCCUAUCCGUUUUCAGGAACACAUACAGCUCCAGAAUCUGGGGAUCAACCCAGCCAACAUUGGGUUUAGCACACUUACAAUGGAAUCAGAUAAAUUUAUCUGCAUCCGGGAGAAGGUUGGAGAACAGGCACAGGUGGUUAUCAUAGAUAUGACUGAGCCCAACAGCCCACUGAGACGCCCUAUCUCAGCUGAAAGUGCUAUAAUGAACCCUGCCUCCAAAGUCAUUGCAUUGAAAGACGCUGGGAAAACUCUUCAGAUUUUCAACAUAGAAAUGAAGAGCAAAAUGAAAGCUCAUACUAUGUCAGAAGAGGUCAUCUUCUGGAAGUGGAUAUCCGUCAACAGUGUUGCCCUGGUAACAGAGACAGCAGUUUACCACUGGAGCAUGGAGGGCGACUCCCAGCCUCAGAAAAUGUUUGACCGCCAUGCCAGUCUUGCUGGUUGCCAGAUCAUCAACUAUAGGACUGAUGAGCAACAAAAAUGGCUUCUUUUGAUCGGUAUCUCUGCUCAGCAAAACAGAGUGGUGGGUGCAAUGCAGCUUUAUUCUGUAGACAGGAAAGUCUCACAGCCCAUCGAAGGUCAUGCUGCUGCAUUUGCUGAAUUUAAGGUUGAAAGAAACUCAAAGCCUUCCACACUUUUCUGCUUUGCUGUUCGUGGGCAGGCAGGAGGCAAGUUGCACAUUAUAGAAGUUGGGCAGCCUGCCAAUGGGAACCAGCCUUUUGCCAAGAAAGCUGUUGAUGUGUUCUUUCCUCCUGAGGCUCAGACUGACUUCCCUGUGGCUAUGCAGAUUGGUACUAAGUGUGGAGUGAUCUAUUUAAUCACAAAGUAUGGCUACAUCCACAUGUAUGACCUGGAAUCUGGAGCCUGUAUCUACAUGAAUCGUAUUAGUGCUGACACCAUCUUUGUCACAGCCCCUUAUGAACCCACCUCAGGAAUCAUUGGAGUCAAUAAGAAAGGACAGGUCCUCUCUGUCUGUGUGGAAGAAGAAAAUAUUGUGAAUUAUGCAACCAGUGUCUUGCAAAACCCAGACCUGGGUUUGCGCAUGGCCGUUCGCAGUAACCUUCCGGGGGCUGAGGAACUAUUCGCAAGGAAAUUUAAUACCUUGUUUGCGCAAGGGAAUUACUCAGAGGCUGCUAAAGUAGCAGCUUCUGCCCCAAAGGGAAUUUUGCGUACAGCUGAAACUAUUAGAAAGAUCCAGGCAGUGCCAGCUCAACCUGGACAGGCUUCUCCACUGCUACAGUAUUUUGGGAUUCUUCUAGAUCAGGGGCAGCUGAACAAACUGGAAUCACUAGAGCUCUGCAGGCCAGUCUUGCAACAAGGCCGUAAACAACUCUUAGAAAAGUGGUUAAAAGAAGAUAAGCUUGAGUGCUCUGAAGAGCUUGGGGAUUUGGUGAAGGCAGUAGACCCAACUCUCGCUCUGAGUGUUUACCUGCGUGCAAAUGUGCCAAACAAAGUGAUACAGUGCUUUGCAGAAACAGGGCAGUUUCAGAAAAUUGUGCUUUAUGCUAAAAAGGUUGGGUACACCCCAGAUUGGAUUUUUCUCCUUCGUAGUGUAAUGCGCAUCAGUCCAGACCAGGGGCUACAAUUCGCACAGAUGCUUGUUCAAGAUGAAGAACCACUGGCAAAUAUCAACCAAAUUGUGGAUGUUUUCAUGGAGAACAGUCUGAUCCAGCAGUGUACUUCAUUCCUGCUUGAUGCUCUCAAAAACAAUAGGCCGUCUGAAGGCCACCACCAGACUAGGCUUCUAGAGAUGAAUUUGAUCCAUGCUCCACAGGUAGCAGAUGCAAUCCUGGGGAACCAGAUGUUUACUCAUUAUGAUCGAGCCCACAUUGCCCAGUUGUGUGAGAAAGCUGGACUACUACAAAGAGCUCUAGAGCAUUACACAGAUCCUUACGACAUCAAACGUGCUGUGGUGCACACACACCUUCUGAACGCAGAAUGGCUGGUGAAUUUUUUUGGCUCACUGUCAGUGGAGGAUUCUGUUGAGUGCCUUCGAGCCAUGCUGUCUGCCAAUAUUCGGCAGAACUUACAACUUUGUGUUCAAGUGGCAUCUAAAUACCAUGAGCAACUUGGGACCCAGUCACUGGUUGAGCUUUUUGAGUCAUUCAAGAGUUAUGAAGGUCUCUUCUACUUUCUUGGAACGAUUGUAAAUUUCAGCCAAGAUCCUGAUGUCCACUUUAAGUACAUCCAAUCAGCCUGCAAAACAGGGCAAAUAAAAGAAGUAGAACGGAUAUGCAGGGAAAGCAACUGUUACAACCCAGAGCUUGUCAAAAAUUUUCUGAAGGAGGCUAAACUUACAGACCAGCUUCCACUGAUUAUUGUUUGUGACCGUUUUGACUUUGUCCAUGACUUGGUCCUCUAUCUGUACCGUAACAACCUCCAGAAAUACAUUGAAAUAUAUGUGCAGAAGGUAAACCCUAGCCGUAUCCCAGCUGUAGUAGGCGGGCUUCUGGAUGUAGACUGUUCUGAAGAUGUCAUAAAAAAUCUGAUAAUGGUGGUACAUGGGCAGUUCUCCACUGAUGAAUUAGUGGCAGAAGUGGAGAAAAGAAACAGGCUGAAAUUACUUCUUCCAUGGUUGGAAUCCCGAAUCCAUGAAGGAUGUGAGGAGCCAGCUACACAUAAUGCUCUAGCGAAAAUCUAUAUUGAUAGCAAUAACAACCCAGAACGCUUCCUUCGGGAGAACCCCUACUAUGACAGCUGUGUUGUGGGCAAGUACUGUGUAAAAAGAGACCCUCAUCUUGCCUGUGUGGCAUAUGAGAGAGGAGAGUGUGACCUUGAGCUCAUUAAGGUGUGCAAUGAAAACUCCUUGUUCAAAAGUGAGGCCCGUUACCUUGUGCGUAGAAAAGAUGCUGAACUGUGGGCAAAUGUCCUAGAAGAAAACAAUCCAUUCAGGAGACAACUGAUUGAUCAGGUGGUGCAAACUGCUCUGUCUGAGACACAAGACCCAGAAGAGGUGUCAGUGACUGUGAAGUCAUUCAUGACUGCUGAUCUUCCCAAUGAGCUUAUUGAGCUUCUGGAGAAAAUAGUGCUGGAUAAUUCAGUUUUCAGUGAACACAGAAACUUGCAAAAUCUGCUAAUUCUGACAGCAAUUAAAGCUGACCGAACUAGAGUGAUGGAAUACAUCAACCGUUUAGAUAACUAUGAUGCCCCUGAUAUUGCCAAUAUAGCUAUCAGUAACCAGCUUUUUGAGGAAGCUUUUGCCAUAUUCAGGAAGUUCGAUGUGAACACAUCUGCAAUCCAAGUUUUGAUUGAGCACAUAGGGAAUCUGGACCGUGCGUAUGAGUUUGCUGAGAGGUGUAAUGAGUCUGCUGUAUGGAGUCAGUUGGGCCGAGCACAGCUCCAGAAGGACCUUGUUAAAGAAGCUAUAGACUCUUACAUCAAAGCCAAUGAUCCUUCAUCUUAUAUGGAAGUUGUACAGGCUGCUAGUAGGAAUAGUAACUGGGAAGACUUGGUAAAAUUUUUGCAGAUGGCAAGAAAAAAGGCAAGAGAAUCUUAUGUAGAGACUGAACUUAUCUUUGCAUUGGCAAAAACAAAUCGUCUCUCUGAGCUUGAGGAGUUUGUCAGUGGCCCUAACAAUGCCCACAUUCAACAGGUGGGAGACCGCUGUUAUGAAGAAGGCAUGUAUGAGGCUGCCAAACUGCUAUAUAAUAAUGUAUCUAACUUUGCUCGUUUGGCAUCUACAUUGGUACAUCUCGGGGAAUAUCAGGCUGCUGUGGACAGUGCAAGAAAAGCCAAUAGCACCCGCACUUGGAAAGAGGUGUGUUUUGCUUGUGUGGAUGGAACAGAGUUCCGCCUGGCUCAGAUAUGUGGCCUGCACAUUGUGAUUCAUGCAGAUGAACUUGAAGAGCUGAUCAGUUAUUACCAGGACAGUGGAUAUUUUGAGGAGCUCAUUGCUCUACUAGAAGCAGCAUUGGGUUUGGAACGAGCCCACAUGGGAAUGUUCACUGAACUCGCCAUUUUGUACUCCAAGUUUAAACCUCAGAAGAUGCGGGAGCACUUAGAACUUUUCUGGUCACGUGUCAAUAUUCCCAAGGUACUGAGGGCAGCUGAGGAGGCCCAUCUCUGGGGUGAGCUGGUCUUCCUAUACGAUAAAUAUGAGGAAUAUGAUAAUGCCAUUAUCACCAUGAUGAACCAUCCAACCAGUGCAUGGAAGGAGGGACAAUUUAAGGAUAUUGUUACCAAGGUUGCCAAUGUUGAGCUGUAUUACAAAGCCCUGCAGUUUUACAUGGGGUACAAACCUCUUUUAAUCAACGACCUCCUCAUAGUAUUAUCUCCACGUCUAGACCAUACUCGGACUGUCAACUAUUUUUUCAAGGUCAAUCAGCUGCCCCUGGUUAAACAAUACCUGCGCUCAGUGCAAAACCACAACAACAAGUGUGUAAAUGAGGCUCUCAAUAAUCUACUGACUGAAGAGGAGGAUUAUCAGGGUUUGAGAGCAUCCAUUGAUGCCUAUGAUAACUUCGAUAAUAUCAGCCUGGCCCAGCGACUGGAGAAACAUGAGCUGAUUGAAUUUCGCAGAAUUGCGGCUUAUCUGUACAAGGGGAACAACCGUUGGAAGCAAAGUGUAGAACUGUGCAAAAAGGAUCGGCUGUAUAAGGAUGCCAUGCAGUAUGCUGCGGAAUCAAAGGAUACUGAACUGGCUGAAAAGCUAUUACAAUGGUUUUUGGAAGAAGGGAAACACGAGUGUUUUGCUGCCACUUUGUUCACUUGUUAUGACUUGCUGCAUGCAGAUAUUGUACUGGAGCUUGCCUGGAGACACCAUAUAAUGGAUUUUGCAAUGCCUUACUUCAUCCAGGUUAUGAGGGAAUAUCUCACUAAAGUGGACAAGCUGCAUGCUGCAGAAAGCCUGAGGAAGGAAGCAGAACAGGUUACAGAACCUACUCCAAUUGUUUUUGGUCAGCAACUGAUGCUUACAGCUGGUACUAAUGGUGUGGUGCCACCUCAACCCAACUUCCCCUAUGGAUAUGCUGCACCCACCAACUUCACCCAGCCUCCUCCACCCUCUGUCUCUCCUGGCUAUGGCUUUAACAUGUAACCUCCAAGGAUCCCUGUUCUUUCACCUACUUUAAACCAGGAAGAGCAAUUGGAGCCCUCUUAUAUUGACUGCAGUUCAUGUCGGACACCUUUAUUUAUUACAUUUGCUCUUACAGACUAUUAUCCAAAAACUGCAGCUUUUUAGCAAGUCACAACCAUAAUAUCUUGAAAAGUGUUUUUAUUUCCUUGGGUUUUUUUUUGUUUUGUAUAAAAGGGAAUGACCUUGAUUUAUCAGCACUGGUUUCAAGAUUAUUCCAUAUGUUAUUGGACAACCAUUUUGUACUGUAAACUACUGCUCGUGAACCGCUGCAGCACCAUGUCACUCUAAUACCCUUCUCAACUACUGCUUCUAUCUAUGUAUCCAAAUUCACAAGAUAAAAACAGUCAAAACUGAAAUUGCUGCUGUCUCCUGAGUUAGAGUUAAAGCAGAUUGUUUAUUCCUAUCACACUGGUAGAACAGUGCCCCUGAUCCUGUCCAUAUCAUUAAAAAGGAAGACCCCCCAAACAAUGUAGGUCUCUAUAAAAAGAUAUCGCAUAAAACAGCUCAUAUGUAAAACCCUGCUUCACGUAAAUAAACCAUUUUCAUAAUAAU